CUGGGCAUACGACGGAACAGAACACGGACCCGAGUACCGAGACAUCGGAUUCCUCGCGGGAAGCCGGGCCCAGCGGCGUACAAGCACAACAUCGCGGCGUGAGUCACAACUGUCAGGGACCGCGUUGCGUUUGUCGGAUAUACGAGAACGGUGAGCUGGCCGCGGUAAUGAUGAACCAAGGCCGGAAUAAUCAGGAGCGAGAGAAUGUCGGCGCCUACCAGAACGUGGCUCAUGGCUCACGUCGCUUUCAAAACCGUCCCUCCAAUAACACGUCACAGCAGCAGCAGCAGCAGCAGCAGCAGCAACAGCAACAGCAGCAGCAGCAGCAGCAGCAACCACAGCAGCAGCCGCAGCCACAACAGCAGCAACAACUACAGCAGCUGCCGCCGCCGCAGCAGCAGCAGCAGCAGCAGCAGCAGCAGCAGCAGCAGCAGCAGGAGCCGGAGGAGAACAUUUACGAGCGUCUGGACAACGACGACGACGACGAAGAUCACGCGAACGCGCACGACGCACCGCGAAACGAGUCCUUGGCGCAAAACAAUCCGGGUAACAUGGAUCAUAUGUACGAGAGGAUCGACGAACGGAUAUCGUGCAGCGGUAGGGCGCAUUAUCGCGGUUACAAAUAUCACGAAUUGAAUCACGUAUCCGCCGCUCAUAGCUUCUUCAACGACGUAGAGGGUGCCAGAAACCAAGCGAGCCAAUAUGACCAACUGAGACACAUUUAUCUGGAUUAUUCUCGACUGAGUAGUAGUAACCUCUGCCAAAGCUCUCUCAGCAGAUUAGGUCGCAACUGCUUCUCAACGGAGAACAUCGCGUACGCUUCUACGAGACGCUCCGUUCACCCGUUUGUGUACAACAAUUGUACAUGUUCAUAUUGCAGGCACGUAGACGCGAGAUACCUCUGCCACCAUUGUCACAAUUUGCACAACAGAUUGCGAUACCAAGACGUCGCUGCUACUUCCAGGCAUUACGUGUACCAACUCUCGAGAAACUGCAGAUGCCCGUUCUGUCGCGGCGAGUAUCCCUACACGAAGUUUCCUAACAAUGCUCCACGCGCCGCCGAGCUGUUUAGAAUGGAGUGCUGUCACUGUAGAAAUCCCGCCAAUUGCAAUUGCCGUAGUAAGAUCCUGUCCGACGUGAACUCUGCGAUUUACAUCGGGAGAUAUCUGGAUUGGGUCAGUCGGACCGGCCAAUCUGUCAACAAUCCUCUAUAUGCUACGAUUCACGUCGGCAGGAUAGACCGCGCUUCCAUGCACGGGAAUGGAAACGCGUCCAACUGCGCAAAUACAUCAAGUGUGGCCGAUUCCGGGCCUUCAACUUCGAACAACGCGGCCUCUAGAUUCAACGACUCCAAUUCGUCGUCGAUCUUACGUUCGGUAUUCGCACCGGGCACUUCCGCGUCCAAUGCUUCUAUCUGUCCUGUGAACCGCUACGUGGAGCGUCAACACACCUGCGACGACUCUUGCAUUCGUAGUCAAAGCGGCAGCUUGGCCGGGAUAUGCCAGUUUCUCGGCAGAUGCGAGAGAACAGAAUGCAACCACGGCAGACUGUCCGUGCACUGGUGGUUCGUAAACAAGUGGCUUCCAUUAUGGAACUCGCAUCAUCUCGACAGAAACGUGGACGGCGCGCAGUGCGCGGACGAGGCAUCGCGGGAACAACGAGAAAGCGACAGUGACGAUUCUUAAAAAUCGAGGGAACUUAGUAACUUAUCGUCCGAGUACCUGCAAGCGUAUCUUCCUUCCUGCGUUCGCUCCCGCCGUUUGCGACGCGAUUAUGUUUCGUAUCGUUUCAGCUCGCAUUGCGCGAAUCUCUCUCUCUCUCUCUCUCUCUCUCUGGAGAUAUUUUAACGAUGUAACAAUAACUUUACGUAUGCGCCGUGACAAUAAACUUAGAUAUCGCGUUCUCGGAAUAUUUUCCGGGAUUUCGAUAACGAGUGAUGAGUGUCUUCAGCUCGGGAAACGGUACAAUUAUCCAGAUAAUACUUCCAGACUUAUUUUAGCCUGUAUGAGCGUAUUUCUCUCGAAUUCUUUACAUCUGUACGUUCCAUAACUUACUCUGAUAAACACUCGAAUCCGUAGAGU